GGUGCAUCUUCCUCAUCCUUGUCCCCAACCUCACACCCGACACGCAUUUUCCUCGUCUGGUGGACAUAAUAUAUUCGUCGACGGUACCGGUAGCAUGAGAUCGGUCCUGGGCGGUGGAAUGAAUACCUCUUCCAAUACUGGUACCUCUUCCUCUGAAGUGGAGCCUCUCAUGUCUGCAAGUCGAGAUGGUGGCUCGAUGGCAUCGGAUGUUGUUGGUUAUGAUCGAGGCUAUAAUACUGGUAGCGCCAACGAAGACUCUUCCAAUGCUGCUGUUGCCUCUUCGCUGACCAACCGUACAUCGCCGCAACCACGAAUCCUUCGACAACGCAACAGUGGCGCUAUCAACGGCGAUCCACCAAGUGAUGACUUCGUUCCUGGUAAUAAUGAAGCAGAAUUUAGCAAUUCGUCCACCAAUGGAAUUGUCAGUCGUCGGAAACAAAGCGACUUUGAUAAUCAAUACAACAACAAGCAUCAGAUCGCCACCAAAAAUCAAGAGUCGCUCUCCGAUGUUGGAGGAAUAGGUCGAUUACGCACCAGAGAAGAGGUUGUGAAUCACUUUUGGGUCGAAUUGCAGAUGCUUUGGCGUGACGCGGGUCCGAUUGGCUUUGGUAUUUUGAUGCAAUGGAUUCAUUCCGUCUGCACCAACAUUGCCUACUACUACCACACGGAACUGAGCGCUGCACAAAGAAUUCCUUUGAAGGACGUUGCCUACGAAGUGCUGCCCGUUCUGAGAGGUGCUUGGUGGAUGGUAUCUGAGUACCUUGUGUACUCUAUGGUGACAAUUACCAUUGCUUUCAUUGUUUCCUGCCUUUUCGUUCGGUGGAAAGCUCCUCACCGGAGACCCCUCUACAGUGUCCCCAUCACCAAGAGACUCUUUGUCACUCUGACUGUUCUCCAGGUGCUGCGAUGCAUCUCAUUCCUGGUCACUACACUCCCUGGUGCAAGCCGACAAUGUCUUUACAGCAUCCCUGAAUCCAUGUCCAGGGACGAAAUGAUCUAUGGCGUCGCGCCCGACAGGGGAAACCCAUCCGGAUGGUCACCACCAGAAUCCUUGUAUGAUAUACUUUGGAGAGUCGAUGCAACCAACGGUUGUGGGGAUUUGAUGUUUUCAAGUCAUACAAUUUUUACCAUGCUUUUCGUAUGCAUCAUUUGGCAUUAUUUCAAUUGGGGUUUUCUCAAAUGGGCCUUUAUAACCACUCAGAUCGUCAUCAUUCCUCUCAUCUUGGCUGCUCACAAGCACUACUCUGUGGAUGUAUUCACAGCGCUAUAUGUCACACCUCUUGUGUACGAACUGCUCAGAAUGAAAAUGCCAGACAUGGAUGUCCACUCCUCUGAUAUGAAAUCGCACUAUGGAAUCACUUUUGAAAGGGUUGGAAAUGGGUUCCUCUUGCGGGCGCGCGGUCUAGAAUAUUUUGUGGAACCUUUCGAUGUUCCGGUGGAUCUCCGACGAAUGGCACCAAUAGAGUUAGAACAAUCUGCUGAGCUGGAUACCGUCAUUGUUUAGACUGGUCCAAGAAAGGUAACAGAUAUCCCGGAGGCUUACAGGAGAAGGAAGGAACGAAAGAGGAAAACCGGCGAAAGCGACUCGUUCUUCUUGGCUGGAAACAACAACCCACAAAAGGAAGUCGUCCCGUCCAUGCGCGAUCAUUGAUUCGAAAGCUUUCGCAUGGAUUUCAUGGGGGUAUGACUUGAAGGUGUACCACUACGCGCCCAACCGCGUGAUUUUUCUUGACUCAAAUCAUGUAAACGAGUUUCUUUGCCUCCAAUGGAAACAAGUUUCGAUGCUGAUUUGGCCAAGACACAACCUUUUUGUCCUGAACAGCCGAACUACGUGUAGAUUGACUUGACUUUGCCGCACUCAUUCUAAUGAUGGGUCUGGUUUCCGACUCGACUCUGUAUAGUUCCAACUGAGCAUAUGCUAAACACUGUUUUAACUAUGUAUUUUUGAAAUUCUAGAUGGCAUGACCUGUUGAACUCUAAGGGCAACGUACCCAAAAUGAUUACUCUCUGUGAUUGGUUUGUAAUGCCUCAACCGGACA